AUGGAUCCUUUCUUCUCACAUAUAUUCCCAUUCCUUAUGGUUUUUGCUUGGUUUGUCAUCACAAAUGAAUCCACUUUGCACAAUUCUGCUUCUACUUUUGCUGGUUCUAAACAAGAUUAUGCUCUCAUCAUGUGGAAAUCCAGCCUCGAAAAUCAUGUGUCCUUGUCUUCAUGGUCAUUAAUUCCUCCCAGAUAUUAUAACUCUUCUACGGAUGUAGUUUCAUGCAGUUGGUUUGGAGUUUCCUGUCACUUGGAUGGAAGCAUCAAGAAGUUGAACCUCUCAUCAUCUAGUUUGAAAGGUACAAUGUACAAGUUCCCAUUUUCAUCAUUUCCCAAUCUUACUUCGCUUGAUUUGAGCACAAAUGAGUUCUUUGGACACAUUCCGUACCAAAUCAGUCAACUCCAGAAACUUGUCCAUCUUGAUUUUUCUGACAAUCAAUUCUCAAAAGAGAUCCCACGAGAAAUUGGGAAUCUGAGCUCGCUCACUACCCUUUAUUUGUGGGGAAACAAUAUUUAUGGUCCUAUUCCUCAUGAGAUAGGGAAUUUGAGGUUUCUUGUAAAUCUAGGUAUUUCCAAAAAUCAUCUAGAUGGUUCCAUUCCUUCUUCACUUGGGAAUCUGAGCUUGCUCACUACUCUUUAUUUGUUUGAAAACGAUCUUUCUGGGCCUAUACCUCAUGAGAUGGGGAAUAUGAGGUCUCUUGUAAAUCUAGCAAUUUACGAAAAUCAUAUGGAUGGUUCCAUUCCUUCUUCAUUUGGGAAUCUGAGCUUGCUCACUACACUUUAUUUGUAUGAAAAUGAACUUUCUGGGCCUAUUCCUCAUGAGAUAGGGAAUUUGAGGUCUCUUGCAGAUCUAGAAAUUGAAGAAAAUCAUAUGGAUGGCUCCAUUCCUCCUUCAUUUGGGAAUUUGAGCUCACUUACUACACUUUAUUUGUAUCAAAAUCAACUUUCUGGGCCUAUUCCUCAUGAGAUAGGGAAUUUGAGGUCUCUUGUAGAUCUAGAAAUUGAUGAAAAUCGUCUGGAUGGUUCCAUUCCUUCUUCACUUGGGAAUCUUAGCUUGCUCACUAAACUUUAUUUGUAUGCAAAUGAACUUUCUGGUCCUAUUCCUCAUGAGAUAGGGAAUUUGAGGUCUGUUGUAGAUCUAGAAAUUGACGAAAAUCGUUUGGAAGGUUCCAUUCCUCCUUCAAUUGGGAAUCUUAGCUUGCUCACUAAACUUUAUUUGUCUGAAAAUGAAAUUUCUGGGCCUAUUCCUCAUGAGGUAGGGAAUUUGAGGUCUCUUGUAGAUCUAGCAAUUUCUGAAAAUCAUCUAGAAGGUUCCAUUCCUCCUUCAUUUGGGAACCUGAGUUUGCUCAUUACACUUCAUUUGGAAAACAAUGGCCUUUCCGGACCUAUUCCAUAUGAGCUAGGGAAUUUAGGGUCUCUUUUGAGUUUACAAUUGUACAACAAUACACUUUCUGGAAAUUUACCCAAUAGAAUGUUCCAAGGUGGAAAGAUUCAAAAAAUUAGUUUGUCUGACAAUGCGUUCAAUGGUCCAAUCCCACAAAGCCUAGGAAAUUGUUCAGAUUUAAUUAGAAUUUGGUUUGAUGGAAAUUUUCUAUCCGGAGAUAUUUCUGAAAGUUUUGGCAUACAUCCAAAAUUGUAUUUUGUAAACCUUGCGAGGAACUAUUUUCAUGGGGAGUUGACUGAUAAAUGGGGUACGUUCAAGAAACUGGGAACCCUCGAUAUCUCUGCAAACAAUAUCACUGGUACGAUUCCCCGAGAAUUUGGAGAUUUGAUUAUGCUAGAACGAGUUAAUCUCUCUUUGAAUCGAUUGAUUGGAAAUAUUCCCAAGGAACUCGGUAAUUUAAAGGAUAUGCUAUACUUGGAUCUCAGCAAUAAUCAAUUUUCAGGACCAAUACCGGAAGAGCUUGGAUUGCUAACUAAGCUUAGGGAACUUGACAUUUCAAAUAAUAAAAUGAGUGGAGUAAUUCCAAGAAUUCUUGCAAAUUGUGAGGAACUUGAUUCCUUAAACUUGAGCCACAAUGAUUUAAACCAAGAAAUUCCAAUCCAGAUAUUAGAGUUAAGGCAUUUGAGUAAGCUUGAUCUAAGCCAUAAUUUCCUUGUUGGGGAGAUAUCAUCCAAGUUUCGAAGUCUGCAAAGUAUAGAAGUUCUUAAUCUAUCCCACAAUCACCUCUCUGGUACCAUUCCUAUCACAUUUGCGGGUAUGCGUAGCUUAAUUUUUGCAGAUGUCUCCUAUAACUGUUUAGAGGGUCUUAUCCCUAAAUGCAAUGCCUUCACUAAAGCUUCAAUGCUAGAAGGGAACAAAGGGCUAUGUGGUGACAUUGUUGGAUUUAAACGAUGCACAAUGUCAAGAAAAGACAAGCACAUUAUGUCCCUAGUAAUCGUGUUUAGUAUUUUAGGAGCACUUGUGUUUCUGAGUACAGUCGUAGGGCUUGUGAUAUUUUAUGAAAAAAGAAAGAGAACACCUGUAAGUGAAGUAUUACAAGAAGAGCACCAAAGUUUGUUUUGCAUUACCAACUUUGAUGGAAAAUCAUUAUAUGAUGAGAUCUUGAAUGCAACAAAUGAUUUUGACACUGAGUUUUGCAUUGGAGAAGGAACACAUGGUACUGUUUACAAGGCAAUUCUUGGAUCAGAUACGAUAGUAGCUGUGAAGAAAGUGCACUUUCCGUUCCAACAAUCUAAUGAUGUAAGUUUUGUUAAUGAGGUGACAACAUUAACAAAUAUAAGGCAUCGUAACAUUGUGAAGCUAUACGGAUUUUGUUCACAUGCCCGUCACUCAUUCCUGAUUUAUGCUUACCUUGAACGGGGUAGUUUGAAAGCAGUGCUAGAUGAAGAAAACGAAGCUAUGAGAUUGGAUUGGAGUAAGAGGUUAAAUAUAAUCAAAGGAGUGGCAGAUGCUUUGUCUUAUAUGCAUCAUGAUUGUUCACCCCCAAUUGUUCAUCGUGACGUAUCAAGCAAAAAUAUUUUGCUAGACGCGGAGUAUGAGGCUCAAGUUUCUGACUUUGGCACUGCCAAAUUCUUAAAGCUUGACUCUUCAAAUUGGAGUGAGCUUGCAGGCACAUAUGGAUAUAUUGCACCAGAGUUUGCUUACACGAUGAGAGCAACUGAAAAGUGCGACGUGUAUAGCUUUGGGGUUUUGGCACUUGAAGUGAUCAAAGGACAACAUCCCCAUGAUCUUAUUGAAGUUCUGUCAUCUCCGUUCUCUGAGAAACUGGACUUGAAUGAUUUGGUGGAUCUUCGUAUCGCACCCUCUUCAUUACAAACUAAGAUGAUAUUGGAAUAUGUGAUUAUGGUCGCAAUAGAAUGUCUACAAACCAUUCCAAAAAGAAGGCCAACAAUGUAUCAAGUCUCUGCACGCCUAUCGGCCCUUGGUCUACCAAUGAUCACAAGCACCCGUAACACUCACUUGGAAACAAUCUCUCACUAG